AUUUCCCUGUAGAGAGUGAAAGGGUCCCAAUAGCAUACACAAGAGAGAGCAAAAAGCUUUCCCAAUCUAUGGCUUUUUCCUAAAAAUGUUGUGCGCGUUCUGUAAGUAAAGUAGUGUUACUGCUCUGGCGGUUGCGUCAAACAGAAGCUGGGCCCAAUUACUCCUCCGCAUCUACCCAGCCUGCGUCUUCUUUGUUUCCCCUUUUCCGAAAUCCGAUACCUUAAUCAACAACUCUUCAGUCUCUGAUUUCCGAUAAAACCAUGUCUAAAGCUCGAGUAUACACCGAUAUCAAUGUGCUUCGUCCUAGGGAAUAUUGGGAUUACGAAUCGCUAACUGUUCAAUGGGGUGAUCAGGAUGACUAUGAGGUUGUUCGAAAAGUUGGAAGAGGAAAAUACAGUGAAGUUUUUGAAGGUAUAAAUGUUAACAGCAACGAGAAGUGCAUAAUCAAGAUCCUGAAACCUGUUAAGAAGAAAAAGAUCAAAAGAGAGAUAAAGAUAUUGCAAAACCUCUGUGGUGGACCAAACAUUGUCAAACUCCUUGAUAUCGUCAGAGAUCAGCAUUCAAAAACUCCAAGCUUGAUUUUUGAGUACGUGAACAGCACAGAUUUCAAGGUUUUGUACCCAACGCUAACAGAUUACGACAUACGGUACUACAUAUAUGAGCUUCUCAAGGCACUAGAUUAUUGCCAUUCACAGGGAAUAAUGCAUAGGGAUGUCAAGCCUCAUAACGUUAUGAUAGAUCAUGAACUGCGGAAGCUUCGCUUGAUAGAUUGGGGUCUUGCUGAAUUUUACCACCCAGGGAAGGAAUAUAAUGUUCGUGUGGCUUCAAGAUAUUUCAAGGGCCCUGAACUUCUAGUUGACUUGCAAGACUACGACUAUUCUUUGGACAUGUGGAGCCUUGGCUGCAUGUUUGCAGGAAUGAUUUUCCGCAAGGAACCUUUCUUUUAUGGCCAUGAUAAUCAGGAUCAGCUCGUCAAAAUUGCAAAGGUACUUGGGACAGAUGAGUUGAAUGCAUAUUUGCACAAGUAUCAACUAGAGCUUGAUCCUCAGCUAGAGGCUAUGGUUGGGAGACACAGUAGGAAGCCGUGGUCCAAAUUUAUUAAUGCAGACAAUCAGCAUCUAGUGUCACCAGAGGCUAUAGAUUAUCUUGACAAGCUUCUUCGUUAUGAUCAUCAGACUAGACUUACGGCAAAAGAAGCAAUGGCCCAUCCAUAUUUCGGGCAAGUGAGGGCUGCUGAAACUAGCAGGAUGAGGACACAGUAGCUUUCUUGUCUUGCUGUUAAUGGGAAGGAAAAAAAACUAUGGUGUAACGUACCUUGUGUAUCCAUUUAAGUGACAUUCAUGAGAACUAUGUGGAUUUGAAUUUGAGCAGACAUCUGAAUUCAGGAAUUACAGAUCUUCAUCAUUGAACAUUUCAAGAGAAAUAGUGUU